AGGCACAGCGGAUCUGAGAGGGCCCGAAGCGCUGGGGCUGAGCUUCCGGAGAAGUCAGCGGCCGGCCUGGGGGCCCAGCGGGGCUGGGGGUGGAGCGCAGCACUGCUGAGCGCAAAGAGAAGCGCUUUCUAGGCCGUCGCGCAGUUCUUUCUCACCGUUCCCACGGCUUCAGGAGAUACCAGUGCAGGUUCCCACUCCCUAAACACCGCUCCAGCGCAUCGCAGCGCUGUGUUGUGCGGCGCUCCGCUCCAAGAGAAGCCGGACAGCAGCAUGGAGCCCUCAGAAAAUAUGAAGAUUUUGCUGGUGCUAUACGAACAGGAAGCCAAGGAAUGGGCUCUGUAUUUGAGAGACGUCCUACUUCAUAUUAUGAAGAUAGAGGCAAUGAUGUUAUAUAGCUUGACCAACUCCUCUGACCAGCAUUUGGAAUUACUGGACUUAAAUACUUACAAAUGCAAACUACUAAUAUUAUCAAAUAGUCUCCUGAAAGGUCUGACUCCUAGGAAAUGCCGUUUUUUGGACAUGCUGCUCCAUUCACCAGAAAGUGUAGUCAUCCUGCUCUGUGGAGUAAAGAGUUCAGAUGAGCUUUAUGAAUUAUUAACCAUCUCCCCAGGCAGCCAGGAGAUCUCCACUGAGCAGGAGCCGGAAGAUUACAUCUCAGUUAUCAGGAGCAUCAUAGAAAGAGGUUCCCAGAAUUACUUUGAAGUUAACAAUCCAAUAGAAAUAGGAACGGAACUCUGUAUAGAAACAAAUAUGACAACGGAGACAGGGGCAGCAUCUAAAAUGCCUGAAAAUAGUAUGUCAUCAGUGCUAGUGCUACCAACUAAGAUAUCCUGUGAGGAUCCUGGUGACAUAUUCAUUCUUUUGAAAGAUGAAAUAAUUGGUGACAAUAUUGAAAUAGAAUUUGCUACAGAAAACAAGUGUGUUAGAACACAGCCACCUCUUUGGAGCAAGACAGUCAGAUGUAUGAAAGCUUUAGAUUUCCCUGCUGGCUCUGUCAAUGUAAAUGUCUACUGUGAUGGAAACAUUAAGGCCACAACAGAGAUUAAAUAUUACACAAUAGAAAAUGAGAUUAAACAUCCACUCAAAGAGGCUGAUCCAGGAAAUGUGACUCAACAGGCCUCUUUAGAAGAACUUGAUGCCAUUCUCACCUCUAUAUUCAAAGCUGAGAUACCACACUAUGAUCUUAGAUAUCUUCAACAAGAAAUGCACCAUCAAGAAAAUAAACAAUUUCAAGAACUUCCAACCCUUCUCCAUUGUGCAGCAAAGUUUGGCUUAAAGAAUUUGGCUGUCCAUUUACUUCAGUGUUCAGGUGCAAGCUGGGCAUCAAAAGCUGCAAAUAUAGAAGGAGCAAACCCUGCACAUAUUGCUGAAAGUCAAGGUCACAAGGAACUCAAGAGAAUCUUUGAAGAAUUUUCAAUUCAUGGAGAUAGCAGAAAUGAUGAUCUUGAAACAAUGAUGCAGCACCCAUCAUAUCAUUAUGGAAGAGAGCAGAUCUACCAAAAGGAAGCAGAGGAAGAAAAAAAGGAAAAGGAAAAGGAACAAGAUGAUGAAGACAGUAGACAGGAGAGAGGCACUGGGCUUGAGUCAGAAGAUGAACUGUAUGUUAUUUUCACUGAGAACAAUCAAGAAGGGAAUUCAAAAAAUCCCUUGUUCUCUGACAGACCUCCACUCCCCCCACCUCGAGCUGUGGUUUCUCCCAUUGGACUAGAAAAGCCGCAUUGUCUGUUACCAGGGAAAAUAUUAGAAGGACAAAGUGAACGAAGCUGGGCCCAGUGUGAUCUUGGAAUUAAAAAAGAGACAGAAGUUGAGCUGAAAAGGGAGAAGGAAAAAAAAGAAGAUGAGGAAGAAGAGGAGGAAGACCCUUAUACUUCUGCAGAAAUUGAUGAGAAUGAAUACGAUAUAAUCUUGGCCAAAGAGAGUAUAAAGAAGAAAAUGGGCAAUAGAUCUUUUAUUAUAAACAGACCUCCAGCCCCAACCCCAAGACCAAAAAGUGUUCCGAUGAGAGAGGAGACCAUACCUUAUAUAGCUCAAGUGUUUCAGCAGAAGACCAGCAGACCCCUGCUUGAAGGUGACAAGCUUCAGGCUCCUGUCAAAAAGUCAGAUAGAAUCCGAAUAGACAAUCAACAGUGUUCUGCCCCAAAAUGCUGCAUCCCCUCUGGCCAAGAAGAACUCAUCCUCUUGCAAGAAAAAGUAAAAACUGGAGAACUUUCUGUUGAUGAUGCCUUGAAGAAAUUCAAACAGUGGCAAACUGAAAAAAGUGGACUUGAAGUUAUUCAGCAGGAAAAGUUACGACAGCUCCGAGACUGCAUUAUUGGGAAGAGACCAGAAGAAGAACACUUCUAUGAUAAAAUUACCAUUGUACACCAUCCAGAUUUUAAAGAAACUACCCAAAAUGAAAACAGUUUGUAUGGAACAUCUGUUACCAAUAAGUUUUCCCCUCGAGCCCAGGUAGAAAAGGAUUAUGGUUUCUGUUGGAGAAAAGAUAAUUAAGGAGAAUAUUUAAUGGAAUCUGAGAGCUUAUAAAUGGAUCAAGUCUGAAUUUGGAUAAUUUGAUUUUUCAAAGGCUAGUUUAUAUUAUGGCGAAAGAAAUCUCUCUCUUAAAUUGCCCUUGAAUUUGAGAAUUGAGACUAUCUACAACUGAGUGGAAAAAUGAACAUUUCCAUCAUUAAGGCAAAAUAAUAAUGACAAUUAAAAUAUCUAAUAUUUAUAUAGGGCUUUAAGAUUUGCAACAUGCUUUAUAGAUCUUAUUUCAUCUCAUUCUCACAACAAUAUUGGGAAAUGGGUGUCAGUUAUUAUCCCAAUUAUUAUAAUGAGGAAACUGAUACAGACAUAGAUUAAAUAAUUUGCCCAAGAUCACAUAGCUAGUAAAUAUUGGAGACCAGAUUCUAAUUCAGAUCUAGUGCUCUAUCUACUUAGCUAUCUUAAAAUAUGAAAAAUGACAUAGAUGCAGUCUUUGGGGCUGCAUCUCACAAAAUCAAAUGCCAUUAGAGCUUUUCUCUCCCAUUUUUACAAAUAGGUAGAAAAGAUAGUUAUGUGAUUUUAAUAGUAUCAAAAUUGUUAAUCCAGGAAUAAAGCAAAACACCUGACUCUCUGCAUCCUCGUUGUGGAAAGAAAGAAGUACAAGUGUUAAUUUGGGCAACUUUAAUUUUUUGAAAGUACAUUACUUUUUAGGAUUUAUUUUGAGCUAAAUAAUGUAAAAGGAAACAACUCUGAAAUACUACUUAAUUCCAAUCAAAGCUGUGAUCAAUUAUGCCCAUCUCCUGUCAGAGAAGUGAUGAAUAAGUGGUCGAUAAUGAGACACACAUCUUCAGAAUUAGCUCACAUGUUGAUUUAUUUCCCUUAACUAGCUAUUCCAUUAUAUGGAACUUCAGUUGGGGGGAGAAGGGAGGAAAUUGGUGGAUAAUAAUAGAUUUAAAUUUUAAAAAUCAAUAAAACAUUUUUAAAAUACCAAAAAAGGAACAAAAGGGGAGAAAAACAGAUAGCUUUGUUACUACCUUGUUAAAUAUAACAUAUACUUUCAAAAACUAAAUGUAAAAGAAAUUUAUAGGAAGCUAUCCAGUGCAAUAGAUAGAAUGUCUGGCCUGGAGACAAAGAGGACCUGAAUUCAAAUAUAGUGUCAGACACUCCCUAGCAGUGUGACCUUGGGAAUUUGUUGAUCCUAUUUGCUUUAUCUUCUUCAUCUGUAAAAUGAGCUGGAGAAGGAAAUGACAAACCUCUCAAGAAAAUUCCAAAAGAGGUCAUGAAGACUUGGACACAACUGAAAAAAAAAUAGCUAAAUGAAAAGUUCAUAGUUUCUUUUGUAAUCUUCUUCUUUGAAUAUUGAAAUGUUUGUACUUUAAUCAUAUUUUUAAAGUUUAAAGACUUUAUAGAUUCAUUUUCUAAAUUCAUCAACAUGAAACCUGUGUCCAUGACAUUUAUAAACUGUUAGUAAAUAACUACUAUUCUCUUCUGUGUGUCUAAAUGCAUGGCCAUGAAGGACAAAUAAAUCUUUUUAUUUCUCUCUUUGCUCAAUGUGAAUAACUAUUACUUCAAGAUUUGUAUCUUCCUUUGAAUGGUUCUGCCAUUUUAAACCUAACCUCAAUAAUUCAUAAUAGAAUGCAAUGUUCUCAUUAUAAACAUGCCUGUUCAUUUACUGUAAUUAAAUUGAAUGUUUAAAACUAUGCCUGAUUUUUUCCAAAUAAAUACAGUAUAUUUUGUAA